AUGCCGAUUCCACCCAAGGAGUAUCCGCCGCUCGAAUCGGUCGGCGCGCUCGAGCCGCUGGAGAAUUUGCCGGACGCAAAGCCGAGAGGAGGGAAGGCGCCAUGGUCGAUUACCACCGAUCUCACCGAUCUGCGCACGCAGGCGUCGCCGCUGUGGUUCGGCGGCGGCGUCUUUGGCCAGGGCAUGUACAACGAUGACGCGCUGGUCAAGAGCAACUCGGCGGUGCGCGCGCUCCGCCUCGCGUUCCGCUACGGGAUCAACACGCUGGACACGUCGCCGUACUACUACCCGUCCGAGCUCGUGCUCGGCCGCGCGCUCCGCAUGCUGGCGCCGGAAUACCCCCGCUCAUCCUACUUUUUAAUUACCAAGUGCGGGCGCUACGGCCCGGCGCGCAGCCAGUUUGACUACUCGGCGGAAACGGUGACCAAGUCUGUGCACGGCAGUCUCGAGCGCCUCGGCACGACGUACGUCGACGCUGCGCUGCUCCACGACGCCGAGUUCGUCUCGGAUCAGCCGCGCAUCGCACUGCUGCCAGAGGGCACGGCACUCGCCGCGCAGGCCGUCGGCGCGCCGUGCAAGGCCAAGGACGAGCGCACAAAGGACGAGGCACUCGAAGCGCUCGGGCUCGCGCCGCACGACGGCGGACGCAUCCGCGGCGACGGCGACCGGCGCAUCCUCGAGGGGGUCCGUGCAUUGUUUGCGCUCAAGGACCAGGGCAAGGUGCGCAACGUCGGCAUCAGCGGAUACCCGCUCGGCGAGCUGCUACGCAUCUCGCGCCUCGUCGCAUGCAACGAGCCGUACCGCCCUCUGGACGUAAUUCUGAACUACAGCAACCAUACCCUGCAUGCCGACCUGCUUCCGCUCUGGCGCCCUCUGUUCGAGGCUUGCCCAUGGACUGCGGCGCCCGACGGAGCCAAGUGGCAGGCACCGAUGCUCGUCAAUGCGUCGCCGUUUUCAAUGGGCCUCUUUUCGGACCGCGGGCCCCCGGGAUGGCACCCUGCGUCGGACAAGCUGCUGGAGGCCGUGCGCCUCGCGCAUUCGCGCGCGCAGCACGCGGCCGGCGUCACGGACGUCGCGCCGGUCACGCCCGAUAAUGUGCUCGGCUUUACCGCGCUGCUGAAUGGCCUCCGGGGGGCGGCCGGCGAGCCGCGCCUCCCAACGCUCCUCGGCAUGAGCACGGUGGAAGAAGUGCACAUGGCAAUCGAGGCCUACCGUGCGCUUGCCGCCGGGCUCGGCCGCGACGCGCACCUCCUCGCAAAAGAAACGCUCGAGACGUACGAGACACUCUACCACCAGCUCGCCUCGUUCGAGGGCAUGGUGCACCAGACGCUCCAAGGCGCCGGCGUGCAGAACCUCUGCUGGCCCGGGAGCGUAGCGAGUGUCAAGGUGCCGCUGAUGGCCGCGCGCCUGCUCGAGUACGAAAAUGUGCACGUCCACAUUGUCGCUUCGCGCGAUGCGCUCCACUUUGUGGACGUCGCGGAGAUUGCGCGCCUCGGCCCCGACGGCGCGUCGUAUACCGUGCACGAUCUGGCGGCGUCGAACAAGGCCGCGGAGCGCAUCGCAGCGGGCGAAGAUGUCACGCAGCCGCCGGCGCCCCGGCUGCGGCUCUGGACGGACGCCGAGGAGUGGGGCGCGUGGAAGGCGCUCGGCGAUCCCGUGCUGCACAUUGAGUUGCGGCGGUGGGCCGAUAUUGUCCUCAUUGCGCCGUGCAGCGCCAAUACGCUUGCCAAGCUUGCGCACGGACUGUGCGACAAUAUCGUGACGUCGUUCCUGCGCGCCUUGUCUCCCAGUACGCCGACGCUGCUCUUUCCCGCGAUGAACACGCUCAUGUACAUGCAUCCCCAUACCGAGAAGCAGCUCGCGAUUGCGCGCGACGAGCUCAACUACGAGGUAUACGGCCCGAUCGAGAAGCGGCUUGCGUGUGGCGAUCUCGGCACUGGGGCCAUGUUUGAGUGGGCGGACAUUGUGGCGCUUGUUGUGGAGCGUUUCGAGCUGCGUGCGUCCUCAUAG